CCACUUAAAUUUUUGGAGUGCAUGCAACAGGAUUUGGACUCUGCUAUUGCAAGGUUCCGGAGAUAAUGCCAUCCUUGCCCAAUGAAGGAGAUAAUCAAGGGACCUCUUCUCUGACUUUAAACUCGGAACUGUCUUUUGAAAGCACAAUAAAGAGAAAAGUCAGAGAGAAGAAAAAACAUGGAGUCAUCACUGCAAAUGUUGUUGGCACAAAAUAUGAGAUCGUUCGAGUAGUAAUAGAAGAGAUGGGAUAUAUGAAGGCUCGUGAUGAUGAUGAGUCUGCAAACCUCAUCUGGUGCGAUUCUGCUGUGCAGCAGGAAAAGAUUGCAGAACUCCGAAAUUACCAGAGAAUCAACCAUUUUCCAGGAAUGGGAGAGAUCUGUAGGAAGGAUUUCUUAGCAAGAAACAUGACCAAAAUGAUCAAAUCUCAGCCUCAGGAAUAUAGUUUUAUUCCUCGGACUUGGAUCUUCCCAGCAGAAUAUACGCAAUUUCAAAACUAUGUAAAAGAACUUAAGAGAAAGCGCAGGCAGAAAACCUUCAUAGUCAAACCAGCAAAUGGUGCCAUGGGGCAUGGGAUCUCUCUUACAAGAAAUGGAGAAAAGCUGCAUUCUCAAGAACACUUGAUAGUUCAGGAAUACCUUGAGAAGCCCUUUCUUAUUGAAGGUUACAAGUUCGAUUUAAGAGUGUACAUUCUGGUAACUUCCUGUGAUCCAUUAAAAAUAUUUUUAUAUCAUGAUGGACUAGUGAGAAUGGGUACAGAGAAGUAUCAUACCCCCAGUGACUCAAAUCUGAGCCAGCUGUAUAUGCACCUGACCAAUUACUCUGUAAAUAAACAUAAUGAACGUUUUGAUCGGGAUGAAACGGAAGACAAAGGCAGUAAGCGCUCUAUAAAGUGGUUUACUGAGUUUCUACAAACAAAUCAACUUGACGUUUCCAAAUUCUGGAAUGAUAUUUCAGAAUUAGUGGUGAAGACACUCAUAGUAGCAGAGCCACAUGUCCUUCAUGCUUACCGAAUGUGUAGACCGGGACAGUCUCCAGGAAGUGACAGUGUUUGCUUUGAAGUUCUGGGUUUUGAUAUUCUGUUGGAUAGAAAACUCAAGCCGUGGCUCUUAGAGAUUAAUCGAGCCCCAAGUUUUGGCACUGAUCAAAAAAUCGACUGUGAUGUGAAAAAAGGUGUUCUGCUGAAUGCAUUAAAGCUGCUCAAUAUAAGGACAAGUGAUAAAAGAAAAAAUUUAGCCCAGCAAAAAGCAGAAGCCCAGAAGAGACUUUAUGGUCAAGGCUCAAUGAAAAGGCUGUCACCAGUGUCAUCAGACUGGGAGAAACAACGCCGCUCCCUGGAAAGGAGGAGAGAGGAACUGAAAGAGAGACUUGCUCAAGUACGCAGGCAGAUCUCCAAAGAACAACAUGAAAACAGACACAUGGGAAAUUACAGACGAAUUUAUCCUCCUGAUGAUAAGAUGCUACUUGAAAAAUAUGAAGGUUUGUUAGCCACUGCCUUUCAAACAUUCCUUGCUGGGAGAGCAGCUUCGCUUCAGCGGGAGAUGAACAACCCUCUGAAAAAGAUGAAGGAAGAAGACAUCUUGGAUCUUCUUGAACAGUGUGAACUAGAUGAUGAAAAGCUAAUGGGAAAGUCUGCUAGGCCACGUGGGCCAAAGCCCCUCUAUUCAAUGCCAGAGAGUGCUCAGUUUGUAAAGAAGCCGAUGAAUGACAGUAGUGGCAGUAGCUGUGAAAGCAGUAGUGAUGUUUCUGAAUGGGAAGAGGAAGGUGAAAAAGAUCAGAAUGAGAAGAGAGAGAAAAAAAUUGCAUAUGAUCUCGAAGAGAAGAAUUUAAUAGAGCGAUCCAGCAGAAUGCACUGGAAACGGCCCUUAAAAAAAGUUCCCUCUUACAUAUCUACUGCAUCAUCAGCCCCCAUAAGACGUUCUGUAAGCUGCCCUCGGUCCUUUUCAGCCUUGACUAUGCAAAUUCAAGCUGCUGAAAACCGCCCAUUCUCUGCUAAGCCGAUGGUACAGACCUCUCGUCCAUCUUCUGUGAGUAGGUCAUACUCUUUAAACAGAGGUUCACCUGCAGUCAAAAUGUCACACACUGCCAACCUUGGUACUGUACAUUCUUCUGUGGGUGAAACUCUGAUGCAACAGAAGACAAAAGAACAAGAGGAAGCACUAACUCGGGAGACUCUGAUCAUUUUCAAUGACAUGAAGAUCAGGUUUCCAGGGAAAACAAAUGAGGAAGCUAAAUUAAUACUUGAAGAUAUUAUGGAUAACUGGAAAUUCCACAAGUCAAAAGUGGCCUCAUACUGGUUGAUAAAGCUAGAUUCUGUAAAACAGCGAAAGGUUUUAGACAUUGUGAAAGCAAGCAUUCGUUCCAUUCUUCAGCGAAUCUGGAAAGUUUCAGAUGUUGAAUGUUUACAUUUGUACCGACUUUUUAACCGUGUAUUUAAUCGCCUUCUGUGGAGCCAUGGACAGGGCCUGUGGAAUUGUUUCUGCAAUUCAGGGAGCUCCUGGGAGACAAUAUUCAGUAAAAGCACAGAAGCAGUGACUGCCGAUCAACUCCAGUGUUGCCAACGAAUAGUAGAGCUUUGUAAACAGUGCCUGCUAGUGGUUUACAAAUACUCCACAGAUUCUAGAGGAUCUCUCACUGGAAUUAACCCUGACUGGGAUGAUACAAGAUAUUCACUGCCAGGACCUUUGCAGUUCAUCAUGAAACCUUCCACCGGUUUUGGGUGUAGCUCCACUGGACUGACUCGUUCAAUUUUGUUUCCACCUAGAUACGACCAUUCUUGAAGCAAAAAAGGAAUAUUGUUAUGAAUAAUGGGAAAUUUCUUUCAUUCCCCCCCCCCUGAACAUGUGAUGGAACUGAACAUAGACACUGUUAUAUAUUUAUUACAGCAUAUAAAAUGUAGCUCAAAACCCUACUGUAAACACUUAACCUUCCUGGAAAUGUAAUAAAUCGUAUUAAAAUGUUUACAGAGAUACGUGAAUGUCCAGACCUUGCUAGGUUUUUAAAUCUUUUCUUCCUACUAAAAAUAUUAUUUUUGCUGCAGAAUUACUAAAAUAGAAUUAAUCUGGGGAUUCUAUUACAGUGCUAACUUAUUUUAUAGGCACAAUACCUUUGGACUUGAGAUAUUUAUGCAAAGCCUACUGUUGUCCUCGCAUAGGUACUGAUGUGUCAUCAGGAUAGAUGAUAAAUACUGAAUAACGUAAUAAUUAAUUACCAAGUAUGAUGAUUUAUAGCACAUCUAAAGAGAAACUUGUAAAAACCAAUAUCUAAUGUACCUUCUGGCAUCUUUUUUGAUAUAAAGAAAAUUAUGAGAAAUGUGUAAUUUUUAUUUUUCAGUAAGGGCAUGCUGAAGUAUUUCUUGGCUUAAGUAAAGACAAUCCACCGGGUAAACUAUUCAAA